ACAGAGCCCUGGGCACAGAGCUCAUCACAGAUCAAGUCUGGAUGCUGCUGUGGGAUAUUCAGGUGGAGUCACCAGCUCUCGGUCCCCCCAUGAUCCUGCUGUGGCUGCUCUGUGUGGGAGUCACAGGCCAGGAUCCUUGCAGCUCCCCAGGUGAAUUCCCUUCUCCUAAAUUGUCCCUGAGCAGCACUUCAGCUUGGAUGGGAGGCUCCGUCUUGGCCGAGUGUUCCUUACUUCCCCUCAUUGCAGCUACUUUAGUUAUUUUCUGUCAGGAUGGCAAACAAAUCUCCAACCAAUCGGUAAUACCAGGCCAGUCACUGUACCAGUAUCACAUCUCUGUGCAGCGCUCAGCCCAGUUUCGGUGCAUGUACCAGUACAGGAAUAACCAAAACCAUGUGGGCAAUUCUCUUCUCAGUCAACCCCGGACCUUGCAUGUCACAGGCAAGAAUGUUCCGUCCAGUACCACUGAGCACAGCAGUAGCGGCAGCUCUGAGAAAAAACCCACCUCUCCUAAUGGUCUGCUCCAACCUGACUCCAACCGUACCCUCAGCCCCACCAUGGCUGUGCCCCAGACAGACCUCCAGCCCCACUCCCAGCCACCAGACAUAGCUGCCAGCACCACCGUGACCCUCGACCUAUGUAGCAAGCUUGAAGAGAAGGAUAGACAACGAGAGCUUUGGGGACUGGCGGCCAUCGGGGGAGUCAUGGGGCUCUCUAUCCUGUGUCUGGUGCCACUGAUCUGCUUGCUGAAGAAAGUCACAGUGAAACGGAGUGAUCCAAGGGAAGAGCUCCCAAACCGCAGCACUGAGAACACGCCCACAGAGGAGCAGAUCCACUAUGCUGCCAUCAGUGAGUUUGGCGCAGCCAGGCAUCCUCAGGUGCGGGAAACCGAGGUUACCACAUAUGCCGUCAUAGGGAAAGCCUGUGACGUGUCUAUUGAAUGCUCCAGCAUAUGAAGGACAUGACCCACUGUGCAUCUAUGGUCUGCACUGACUCUGAAAUGGCCGGCAUUGAUGGGGCCAGUGGGCUAAUAACUGAGUAGCCUGAGAACUUUGCAAGUUUUUAGAGAAAUUUUUUCUGCUCCAUGACCCCUCCCUGCUCCCCAAUGUCUCAGCGCUCUCAGCCUGUGUUUCUCCGAGCCUCCCCAUCACUGCUCCUCUCCUGCGUUUGGACUUUUAUAGAAACUGGAGCAGAUGGUCAGCAUGUU